CUCUCCGGCCCCUUCUGCGUAGCUGACUGGGGAGGCGAAGGCGGGUCCGGCUGACUGCGGCAGCGGCAGGCGCGGAGCCAGGGCCCAGCAAAUUCUGCAGCUGGGAGAGAGACAGGAGCGGGCGCAAUGCUCAGCAAGGGCGGCGGCUGUUUGAUCUGGCUCCCUCUGCGGCCAGCAGGGACUGCGGAGGCAGAGUGCCACCUGCAGCCCGCCGGGCACCAGUUAUUGAAGCAACACACACGAUGGGCAAGGACACACACGCCUCCUUCCGCAGCUCCCUCGUGUUCGCUCCCUGUUCGUUUCACCUCUUCCCUUAGGCGUUUCCUCCCACAGGUAUUGCGGGGGGUAUAGCCCCGAGACUGUAGCGGGAUGAUCAUUUCAUACCAGUGCUAUAGGAGGGGAGCCAUCAUCUGAUGCCCGUGUCAUAGUUGGGUGGCAGCAUAUGAUACCAAUGCCACAGCUGGGAGCGCUGCACCUGAAGUAAUACUCUGACUAGAAAUACUGGCUAUUAAGCCUGUAUUGAUAGCUAUUUCAUAUACCUCUUUAUCUUCAGCCCUGAGAGUUUUCUCCUUGAAGGCUUAAUUAAGAUAAAGGGAAGCAAACACUGUAUAUGUUAAUAUUAUUGCUGAGUUUAUAAUGAUCACAUAUUUCUUAUUCAGCAAAAAAAGGGGGGGCAAUAUGUGCUUUAAAAUACGUUCAUGCUCGUGCUCCAUAUAUAAACCAGGAUAGGAAAGUAGACGCUUUUCAGCAAGGAGCAAAAUGGCCACUUGUUUGGGAAGUCGAUUGUUUGCUUGCUUUCCACUUGGGCCGUAUGUUUUUGGUUUGUCUUUGACAAGAGCAUCUGUGAUGUGGAAUUUGAUUGUGAGCAGAUCUGAUCACAUUUGCUUGUGUUUUGUGCGUGUCUGUGGUCAAGGGUUCCUAUAAGGCAGUGAAAGCACACGUUUGAGCAGACAAUGUUGCCUGCCCCCCCCUCCCCCAAUUCCUACUAGUCUCAAAGCAGAGCUACUGGCUGAAGGACUGGACGCUGCAGACCAAUUUUAUUAUGCCGCCGUAUAUUCGUGUCGAUUUGUUGUGUGUUUGAGGCUCAUAGAGGAAGGGGGUUAAAGAAUGAUCUGCUAGAGAGACCUCUCUAAAAUGUUGCUUUUGGGGAAAAAUAUUUCACUUUCUCUGGCACCUGCUGUCCAGUGACUAAUACGAUCAUCCCCUUUCCCCCAAACAUAUCCGUUCUUCCCCCAUUUGCUUGGAGAUCCCUUGACCUAGGUUUGCUGUCUCCUGAGCAGUUUCCUAGAAAAGAGGGAGGGAGACUGAGAUAGUAACCCAUGUUGCCUAAAGCACACACAGGGAACUAGAGGCCAGGGCGCCGCUGCUGCUGCUGCUACUACAACCAGGAGAGCACAUCAGCUGAAAAUGCGCCCUGCAAACUAAUCUUAAUGAGAGGGGAUGGGAAAUUGCUACCCUAGGAGGACCACAGUCUGCCCUCAGUUACAUCCCCGCUAUGCCAGUGACUGCAAUAUGUCAUUGCUCUCAUCGGAGUUGCACAGUUGAACUGAGGGCAGAAUUUGGUCCCUGUUAAUCAAGGACGAAAUUCAAAUAUUUUAAAUAGCUGUAAAUCCGGAGCAAUUCCAGUGAACGCUAUGGGGUUACUCUUCAAUUACACCGAUGUAACCGUAUAAAUUUAGUCAAAUGAAAGCCUCUAGGUUCAGACUAAUGAAAGGGACAGAACAACUCGAAUGUGAACGGUCUGCACUGUUUUCUAAAACACUGUCCGCUGCUGGUUUGUGACACAAAGUGCUUUUGAAAAAAAAAUAAAUAAUAUCGUAUCUUUCCCUCCCACCGAUUCCUUUGCUGAUCCGAUUUAUGGGGCGGGGGUACGUGAAGAUUUUACUAGGGCGAAGUGGGUAGCUAAUGGGCUUUCUCAUAGCAGCAACAGCAGGUGCAACACGACUGUGAGCUGUGCACUGAGGUUCACUCCAGGCUCGGAUCGGCUGCUGUUCCAGCCAAGUUCGUUUCCAGAAAAAGUAAUUGACCAGUUUGUAUAUUUCAUGUUUGUUUGUUUUGUGAAGUCUAAGUUUCACAUGCGGUAUCUACUGCUGGAGCCAUUGCAGUUACUGCGUAAUCACCUACAGGCGACAGAAAUAAUAGCAGCAUUUUUUAAAAAGCGGCAAAAGUUUCUGUGCUUUGUCACUUUGAAAUUGUAGGAAAAGGGCGUAAAGUUCAGUGCUGCUUUAAAAAGUAUCGUCCUUGCUCCUGUUUAAUUUCCCCUCCCUCUCUCUUAAUUCUGCUACUGAAUUUACAGACCCGAGAUCGAUGAGGGAAGCGCUUUUUUCUCUCUCUCGUCUUGAAAGAAUUUAUUGCACAGAUCAACACUGAAUGGCUUGUUGAAAUUUAUCUUGAGACGCAAUGAGAAAUUUAGUGAUGUCGCCCUGCGAUUAAACCGAGUGGAGGUGAUGUCACCCUGUCUGAAAAGAAACACACACACACACACACACACACACACACACAAGUGAAUAAUGCUGCCAAGAAGAAAGAUCAACCCCCACGUCACUUGUGGCACUGGUAUAAAUAUGGCCCUACAAUUUCCAUGGCUGUCUGUAAGUCUCAGAUAGCUUGAACUUUGGAACAAGAGAGAAGCUCUGUGUCUUUUUAGCACGGAGACACAAGGAAAUCUAGAAGUUCAUCUUUGCCAGUGGAUUUUAUGUGCCAAGGUGAUAGGGAACGGGGAUAGACCAGUAUCUCUUUAGCUCUUUCCACUGAAAGCUGAAUCAGCGACAAGAUCAGCCUGUGAGAGUGAUUAUCCAAGACGUCGUGAGAGGAAGCAGAGAAUCUCCGGAGCGCCAAACGUUAGUCCCGCCGCUAAAGGCUGGGAAAAUGCUAGCAACCUUGGCAGCAUUCUUCCUGUGGCUCAGGGUCAGCAUGGGGGUGCAUGGUGCUCCCUGCGAGGCUGUGCGCAUCCCCAUGUGCAAGACCAUGCCCUGGAACAUCACCAGGAUGCCCAAUCACCUGCACCACAGUACCCAGGAGAAUGCCAUCCUGGCCAUCGAGCAGUAUGAGGAGCUGGUGGACAUCAGCUGUAGCCAGGUGCUCAGCUUCUUCCUGUGCGCCAUGUAUGCCCCUAUCUGCACCUUAGAGUUCCUCCACGACCCCAUCAAGCCCUGCAAAUCGGUGUGCCAAAGAGCCCGGGAUGGAUGCGAGCCCAUCAUGAAGAAGUAUAACCACAGCUGGCCCGAAAGCCUGGCUUGCGAUGACCUGCCUGUGUACGACCGAGGGGUCUGCAUAUCUCCUGAAGCCAUAGUCACCGAUGUCCCUGAAGAUGUGAAGUGGACGGAUUUCACUCAAGACGUAAUGGUCCAAGAAAAACCUCAAGAGUCUAACUGCAAGAAUCUAAACCAAGCUCGAUGCAAGUGCCGGAAGAUAAAGCCUACCCUAACAACAUACCUGACCAAAAACUACAGCUACAUUAUUCAUGCUAAAGUAAAGGGUGUAGAGAGAGGUAGCUGCAAUGAAAUAACUACAGUGGUUGACGUGAAAGAGAUACUUAAAUCUUCAAUACCCAUUCCUCGGUCUCAAGUGCCUCUUCUUACUAAUUCAUCCUGCCAGUGUCCACAUCUUCUCCCAAAUCAAGAUGUUCUCAUUAUGUGUUAUGAAUGGCAUUCAAGGUUGAUGCUUCUUGAUGGAUGUUUAGUUGAAAAAUGGAAGGAUCAGUUAGAUAAAAGAUAUAAGAGGUGGGAACAGAGACUGCAAGAAAAGGUGCGAACAGCCCAUGAAAAAAAUCAAAACGUUGGACGCACUGGUCGGAGUGGUGCACCAAAACUGAACACUAAGAACACCAGCCCAGUGCUGGGGACCCCCAAAAAGACCACUAAAAUAAGAAAUGACCAAAAACAAGCAACCCCCAAAAAAGUAUGAGUUCUGAAUUUCCCUAAGGAAAGACUUUCUUGCAUGAUGAGGGUCACAAGCUGGCUUGAGUGGCAUGUGUAUUACUCCAGAAUUCAUCAACUGCGGUAUUCUGCAUAGACAUUUUUUGUAGCACUUUACUUUUAAAUGUUUGCUUUUUAUUUCAGACCACUGCAAACCAUAUAUUGUAGGUUUGCACUGAUGUGUGGUAGGCAUAUGAAAGCUGAUUGAUGGUGCUUAUCAUAUUCAGAGCAGUCAAACGCAUAGUUUACCAAUAAGCAUCGGGAUAUACAUUAUCCAAUUUUUUUAUGUGUGUGCCAUAAAUAUGCUUACAUUAUUAGUGUUUGAACUGUGUGUGUUUGUGUAGCAAAAACACAUCAAAAGGAAACAUUUAAUUUUUUAUUGUACUUCAGGCUGGCUUCUGUUGUUAUAACUUUAAAUAUAUUUAAACAUUUAUAUGAAAAAAUCAAUGUUUCUAAAAGGAACAAAUUAAAGUGAAACAAAACUAUAGAGUGCAUAACAGUAACAUUUACAGGUUUGCCAUUUGCUGAAAUAUGGCUUUGUUAUGAAAAGUGAUUUAAAACAACUGGAGGGAAAACAUAUUAUUCUGUUACUGUAAACAUGCCCUUCAGUUACUCUGUAGUGCAGAUGUUACACUAGUCCCUCUCUUGAAUAUUUUAUCUCAGGAGUAAAGUGGGCUAUUAGCUAUUUUACCACUCGAGACCUGAUUUUAAAUUUUGCUUAGAUCACACAAGGAAAUGAGAUUGCUACUCCCUGUUCAUAAACUCCUCAACUUCCACACAGUUUGGCACAACUGGAAGGCACUGUUCAACAAGUUCAACAAGUUGUAUUGAACAAGGAGCAGGACAACGCUGAUGCAGCUACUCAUGUGGUUAAGGAUAAGCAUGUGCUUAAAUGCUUUGCUGGGUCAGGGCUUAAAAUUGCAAAGGUGAGAACUUAAAUAUGAGGUACAUUGGCAAAACUCUGGGGUGCAGUUUACACUGCUCCAACUGCACUCUGCCUGGCUCAAGCCAUUGCUACGAGGGCACUCUGCUUUUUGCUAACACCUAUUUAAUGCCGUUGCAUAAUGAACAUUUGGCUGUUAAAGUUUCAGUGCCCCUGAGCUUUAAUUAAGGUGUUAGAGCUCACAACAAAUGUCUCAAAGAACCCAAAAGAAUCUUCCAGCAAAACCAAAAAAUACUAGACUUAACACCCCUGAUAUUUUCUAUUUUUUAAAGGGGCAAAAUACCAUUCUUAAAAACAAGCAAGCAGACAAACUUUCCUGCCCUCUUUACCCAACUUAAAUAAGAAGGAAGGGGAAAAAAGACACAAACCCAAGUUUAAAAAAAAUCCUUUGCACGUCUCCCAAUUUAUCGUGUCAACGCAUUAGUAUGCUGAUCUAAGUUAUUGUAGGAAUCCUAAUGAAGGUUGCAUGCAUUUUAUCUGAGGGCAUAAUUUGUCACCCUGACUUGGUAACAAAAUGUUCUAGUACAAGCAACAAAAGAUGCACAAAUAAAUCCAAAUAGCACCCUGCAAAAAUAUUACUUUCCUUAGCCAUGCUCGUACCUGUGCAGCACAAUCACCUCGCUCGCUGGCGUGCAAACUAAUGAACUUUUCAUGUGUGCAAUUUCUAGCUGCGAGACCCGAGUGGCAAUAGAUGUGUGCUCUGUGUACUUACACAACUAGAAGAACACAGUGACAAAAAGAUCCAGCCAAAAUGUCCAAAUGUGGGCCUCCUAAGCUAGGCACCUCCAGCCAUUGUCUUGGUGCAGAUGCAGGAAUUCAACCUUGCAGAACUGGGUCCUAGAUCUAUGUUUAGGCACCCAAGUGGCCUAAUUUUUAGAAGUGCUGAGCACCCAUAGUUCCCAUUGAUUACAGCAGAAUUGGGGAUGAUCAGCUUCUCUGAAAUUCAGGCCACAUAGUUAGCUGCCUAAAUAAAAAAUAUGGAUGAAAUCCUCUUUCCAUUGAAGUAAAUCGUAAAACUCCCAUUGGCUUCAGUGGAGCCAGAAUUUCACUUGAGGUGCCUAAAUUAGACACCCAAGUUUGAAAAUAUUGACCUAAACAAGCAUAAGCAAAAAAUUCAAUAUUUUUAAAAAGCUUCUAAAAUAGUAUGCAUUGUGGAAGUUCUAAUGCUUUGUUUUCAUAUCAAUCUCAAAUUAACCCCUAAAAGAAAGCUGGUGAAUACAUGUAAGUGUAAUUAUUAAAAAAGGAUCAAUAUUCUUAACAUUGCAUUGUUAAACCAGCAAAUACUGUAGCUGUGAUACUUCAUUUUAACAAGUUUUGCUGUGAGCAUACAAUAUUGUGAUCAUAAGUGUUUGUUGUCUAAAACACUGCUAUUUAGAAAUUAUAGCAGAAUUACAUAUUAUUUUACAUCUGUUAAAAUCAAACUUUUAUCUAUAGCUUUUUUGAUAUUAAAGAAAGUGUAAAAAUUGUUUGCUACAUAGAAUUUUCACCAUUCCUUCAUAUUAUAAGAUCAUUCAGCAUUCCACUGUAUGGGAAUAA